UCCGAGUCGAGCGAUGCUGAUCCUGUUCCUCGCGGUUUCGGCGGGCAUGAUCAGCCCGUCCAAGGGGUCGUACGUAUCCGCGUUCUACGUGCUGGGCGACUCUUCGGUGGACUGCGGCGGCAAUACUCUGUUCUACCCUUUUCUCCACGGGGACCUGUCUCUUCACCCGUGCAGCGGCGGCGCUGACAAAACUCUCGUCCCGCAUUUUCUGGCUGAAAAAAUGGGCAUACAGAAUACUCCGCCGUUCUAUGCUCAGAAUGGCUCAAUUGCUAGUUUGUUAAGGGGCAUGAACUUUGGGUCAGCAGAGGCAACGAUUCUGAAUUUCGGUGGCCGGAAAUUCCAGUCUCUAAACCAGCAGCUGCGCCAAGUACUGGAGACGUUUCAGUUGGUACAGCUUCACCUAGCCGAGGAAAGUGCUCGUGAGUUCAUGGAAUCGUCUAUAACUUACCUGUCUUUUGGAAAGGAUGAUUACAUCGAAUUUUUCCUUCGCACCUCCUCUGGCAUAACCCACAAAUUUACUGGUCAAGAAUUUGCUCGUGUCCUGGUUGAUCAAAUGAUUGAUGCGGUAAUAAGCCUGUAUAAUGCGAAUGCCAGAAAGAUCAUUUGCAUGGGGAUUUUGCCCUUGGGUUGCACGCCGCGUAUAAGAUGGGAACGGGUGAAUUCAACAUCAAGCGGCGGCGAGAGAAAUAUAUGCGCGGAAGAGGUGAAUGAGCUUAUUUUGGAGUACAAUUCUAUGCUGGAGGGGCGCAUUUUUGACCUCAAAGCAGAACUACCUGAUGCUAAGAUAGUCUUCUGUAACACGUACCACGGCAUUCUGGAGGUCAUCACUAGCCCGCAGCGACAUGGGUUUGAAGACGUAGAAACGGCAUGCUGCGGGCUGGGCCAGGGGGGUAUGCUUAUAGGUUGCCUUUCGACUGAGAUGGCUUGCAAAGAAGAAUCAGCUCAUGUGUGGUGGGAUCUCUACAAUCCAACCCAGGCCGUCAAUCGCUUGCUUGCCGAAUCAGCCUGGUCUGGGCAAGAGUUGAGUAGUAUAUGCCGCCCUGUCAAUAUCCAGGAAUUGGUGUCGAUCUCGUUCUCCCGCUGAAAUGCUGCCAUGAUGCAGUAACGCCAUUCCCAACUUGGG